AACGUAAUGAUAGGCACGGCGCCAGUAACGCGGCGUAUCUCUUGCGUGCCAUGUAACGGGUGUCUCGAAACACGCGAGCUCCACGCGAGCUCGCCCCGAGUCUCUCGUGGACAAUCGUCGAAAGUAUCUUUUUUUCCACCGUCAUUCGUUUCCACCGUCUCUUAUUACUCCCGACCGGUUAUAAAUACCGUUACCACGAUUUUAUGCGUUAGCGAUAGAUGAAGUUCAAAGUUUUCCAUUGUUCUUGGGAGUCGUUUAUACACACGCGAGUGAUAAAAUUAAUUGAAAGCUUAAGAUUAAAAUUAUAUUUGAACACGUACGAUGUUGGACGACGUAUGUUGCAAGAUAUAAACGGAAGAAUAUCAUCGUACGCGAAAAAUGACGGAAUGAUCAGGGCGGAUCACAAUUUCUCACAAAAUCCAUGCUGGGAGCUUCUUAUCGCCGUGUUACCACGAUUUCAACCUUACCCACGACUACUACUUGUGACGAAAGAGUUAAAGCACGGACACGAAACUUCCGGUGCAAUGAACCCCGCACCGUUGAAGUAACGCGCGGCGUUGUUACGACACCAAUAUUAGUUUUACGACCAGCUUCUGGAAAUAGAUCGAUGAAACCGUACGUCAUCGAACGGUUGUUCGACAGCCUAUGUUUAGUGGGCACAGUUGAAAGAGCGCAGAAUGCACCUGCAACGCACCCUCCACCCACGAGGGGUUAUAACACAGAGUCCAAAGGGACGUGACCGAUCGUGGCAAUAUUCUCGCUUCCUUUUCCUCGGCCUAUCUCAACUUGCUGGAUAAAUAGAGUCGUUCUAUUUUUAAGGGAAAUAUUGGGAAAUACGAUCUCUUCAUAUUCAAUAACGAUCGCCAGCUUAAAUAUUUUUUCGCGAAUUAGCGAAAAUUGGAGAAAUAUUUCAUUUGUUCGAAAUCUUGUGGAUUGAAUGAGGGUUCGAGAGUCGAAACUCUCCAUUAAUCGAGGGCAGAAAGAUAUUUUGGAAUCGUCAAUUUAGAAAAAGUUGGAAUGUCGUCGAAACGUAUCGUUAACAGCUGUUUUUCGGUCUUAGUGACAUAGUGUGACGACUUAUUGACACUUGGUCAAGUGAAGUCAAGAGGACGGGUUAAACGAGCGUCAUUGCUCGUUUAUUUUCGACUUAUUGGCAAUAAUCUCGUGCAUCGUUAACGAAGCGGGGAUUCCCCCUUGGCGCGAAAAUCUACUUCGAUUAAUUUCCACCACGGAGGAAACGAUCGAUCGAGGGAGAAUGAAAUUAUGGAAAAUGGUAACUUUCGAUACUCGCAUACAUUUCGCGGUGAGUGCCUAAGUUUUGCAUUAUUCAUGAAAAGAACCACCUUCGUUCCAGAUAACCCUACCCAAGCCGACGACCUUAUCGCCUUAUGGUCGCGGCAAUUCCAGUCAGGUGUAUGCAUUGUGUAUGCACCGAACGGAAGGGCGAUUUUACGGGCCAGGUUUGAAGGGAUCCAGAGGGAUGGAGGAAACAGGACAACCAUAAAGGUGUACGCCAACUGUCUUCGGCCAGACAUCGAGUACAAGACCCUGAGCAUCACGUAUGAGACGACUUGCCGUGAAAUCGUCCAGAACCUAUUGAACAAAUACCGAAUGAGGCACCGUGACCCGAGACUGUUCUACCUCACCAUGGAGGUGACCGUGAGGAGACCGAACGUGAGGACCGUGCUCCCAUUGGACGAGGACGCGAGGCCGGCCGUCUUGCAAUCGUGUCAUCCUCGUGGCGAUUCCAGAUUCUCGUUGCAGACCCGCCGCGGAGGACUUGUCAAAAUAUACGACAGCGCGCUCAUGUCCGGAUCGAAAUACAAAAGUCUGCUAGUGUCCGAGCAGACCACGGUCGAUGAAUUGAUCCAGAUGCUAUUGAGUUGCUACAGUUCUAAGGAACGCGUCGAGCAAUUCUCCCUUUACGAGGUCUGCGAAGGUGAAGAGUAUCAAAGGAAGUUGCAUCCUGACGAUUCACCACUUAAAGUCACGCAACGAUGGACAAGCGCCGAUCGUCAUCUUCGCAUAAGACGCAAUCCAGACUACAAUCCUCAUAGGAGAAAAAGUAUGUGGGCGUCAGACUCGAGCAUCAGCAUGGCGAUGUCAAGAUUGAAUCUACACGGCACUCAUCAGACUCAUUACAACCAAGGGAAUGACAACAACAAUCAUUUAGCGUUGUAUCAGCACAAAGAUACAAGUUCGAUCAAUAAUAACAAUCUCCAUAAGAUCGAUCCGCAUCUAUCUUUAGGCUCUUUGAAUCAGCAAGCAAGAAUCGUGGUGCCCCAUGCGACGCAACUUCCGCAGUUGCAAAUCCCGCGGUUGCAACAAUUGCCUCAAAGUGUCCCAUCAACGCCAAUCUCGUCGAAACAUAUUACGACGACCUCGUAUGCGGACUAUGAAAAUUAUUUGUUCAUAUAAAUAUUUUUAAUUUACAAUUUUAUUUCGUGUACAUUUGAAGAAUUACGAAGAUAAUAAGACGCGAAAUGGAUCGGAGUUGCAGCUGUUCGAAAUGCGCUGAGUUAGUUUGUUGCAGCUUUUAAAUCGUAUUGAACAGUAUUUGACAUUUGAUUGAGCAGUGAAAGCUUCGCUAUGAGAAGAGUUUGGAAUAAUUUUUUGAAGCGAAGAAUUAAAGAUUUCUUCUUUGCAAAGAAGCAUAUUUAAGAUUGCACGAAUUCUUUAGAUUUGAGGUUACUUAUCAAAUGGUAGUUCGAUAUGAUGGUAGAGGGAAUAUGGUUCGUGUCUCAGCUUUUCGCGUCGGUAAAACGGAACAAAGAGAAUUUACAAUUAUAGUCAAUAGCGAGAAACAAUUGUACCAAAGGUAGACGUACGAAAUAUUAGAUAAAUAGUGUAUUCAUCCUUAUAUUGUAUAAAUGUAUUGCGUUAGAAAGAUAUGCUAAAAAUUGAUUAAGAGAAAAAAAUAUAACGCAUAAGUCUUUGAGACUUAUCUAAGAAAGCAAUGAGAAUUUGAAUUUUACCAUGAGAAUAUUUUACGGCAAAUUUGUAUAAAAUUUAUACAAUUAUGGUAUAAAAUAGAGAGUUUAAUAUCUCAUAUUUAUAUCUCGGAAAUGAUAUUUUAUCCAAGAACGUUGCAGAAUGCAACCUCUAUUAUUUAUUUAUAACAAUCGUGUAGUGUCUAAGAGAACGAGCCAGAAAUUUUAAAUUAUUUUUAAUAGAAUCCUGUGCUGUAAAUUUCGUCGUGCAAUACGAUCGAACAGGGUUCGAGUAUAUUCGUGUAAAUAUAUCCAAUAAACGACGUGUUACAACAAUUUUAAUAAUUACCACUAGCCAGUCAACCAGCAAAUGUAAAUGUUGAUAUAAUUCUACAUUUUAAUUUUGUACGUAUACGUCGUUCCUGUGCGAAAUUAUCGUAUUCGUCAGUUGGCAUUUAAAGACGCUACAUACAUUAUUGAUGCGUUAUUUUUUUUUUUUUUUGUUUUUUUUACAAAUCAUUGUAAAUAGAAAAGGUCUCUUUUACUUUAUUACGUUUCGUCAAUGUUGCACUGAUUGCCAAAGAGUCGUCAUGAAAUAAAAAAAUAAAAAAGAAUAUAUCGUUUAAUCGUACGACAAAACGAAUAGAAGUUAUCUUCUUUGUCACUUGCACGUAUUGCAAAUAUGAAACUAAAAAUUAUCACGCAUAGAAAUAGUGCAAGUAGGACUUAACAGCGUAAUUUAUGUAAUGAGUACAAUGAAAUUUGUAUUAUUUUGAAUAACAAAUAGAGUGUAAAUAUUCAUCUUGUAUCGUCGUUUAUAAUUUACCUAAGAAAAUAUCGUUUUACGUGUCUAAAUUUUGAUGGAUAUUUUAAUUCACCUACAAUCUGCAUGUUUCCUUAUAAUCUUAUAAAACGAUAUUAUAAUAAUAAUAAUAAUAAAUAUAUGGAAUGAGAAAUCCCCAAAAUAUGAGAAUACUAUGAAUAUACUUGAAGUAAUUUCAAACAACUUUCCUUUAGUAAAAACUUAGGAUUUUGUUAACAAAUUGUUAACAAAAAAUUAAUCAUGGAGCAUAAAUUAAUAUGAUGAUAGAAUAUGAACAAAUCCAAGCAAAUGUAUCGAAGAAAAUUUGUUGAAUAUAUAGUAAGUAAUUUAAAAAAAAAAAGAAAAUUAUAUCGAAUUACAUCCUAUUUAGGAAUAAUGAAUAAACUAAUUAAUUGUUAUUUGUAUAGAGCACAAAAUAUCGAAUUCAUUCGAAAUGAAUAAUGUCAAAUUGUAGUAUAAAAAAACGAAUAUAAAAGUUUUUCAAGGAAUAAACAAUAAAUAUCUAUUAAAAGAGAAGAGAAAAAACAAAAAACAAAAAAGGAAAAUAGAAAAAAAAUUGAUAAAGAAAAGAUGGAAAAGGGUUGAUAUUUGAAGAGGAAUGACAAAAAAAGAGGAGAAGAGACUGAUUAAAUUUUUGGAUCAUCCAUGUAUUAACGAAGAAUGACAAGUAACGAAGAUCAAUAAGUAAAAUUUCAAUCUAAAUAUUUCACUUAUCUGAUCUUGUUUAAAAACGAAAUGAGACUACGUUGCUUCGUGUGAUGAUAAAAAUUUUAUUUACAAAUGCGACAAAUGUAGGAAUUUUAGUUACCAGUGACGUAUCGGAGAGAAACGAACGUGUAACGGGUUGGUCGAUUAUCGAUCGCUAUAUAUUUUCAGGAUAAUUCUUAACAAUAACUCCUUUGUGAAAUCUCAAUUUCUUCCUUAAUAAUCUUGAACACGCAUUCUCUUCUCCCGUGUCUCGUUCUCUCCGUGAGAUCACUGAUAGAGGAGAGAAUCACUGAGAUGUAACAAUAAUAAACUUUACAUUAAAUACGAUUAGAAUCUAGCUAUUUUUUUUUCUUUUUUUCUUUUCAGGACUAUGCGGAGUGUUACAAUAAUAGAAAUAUUCAUUUUCCAAGGAGAAAGGAUUCUUCUUGCGCGAUACUUUCUGGAAAAAAUUUGGACAAGGGGGCCGUGUCGAAAGGAAUUUGAGGAGUGUAGGGACAAAUAGGGAAUGGGGAAUAUACUUUUUUUUUUUUUUUCGUUUGAAGUUUCAAAGGAUAACAUCACAGCAUUGACAUAUUAACAUCGAAACGAUCAAAGCAUCGCGCCGCUUCGAGAUUUCGUCGAAGAUGAAAUUAAUCCGAUCCAUCGAUCGAAUCGAUUCGCUGUUCCCAAAAUAAUUUCGAAGCUCCCUCGCGUCCCGGUCAAAAUGGACGGAGAAUUUGAAUCGUCGAAGAAUUCUCGAAGGGCGCGCUGCCAGGGCCGUAGCACUUUUUCAUUUUUUGCUAUAGAACAAUUUACAACAUCUCGAUAAUUAAUCGCCUCAAUUCCAUCUCCGAACAAUCUCGCAUUCUCGCGCACGGUGAACCGUGAUCUCCUCUUUUCUUCGCAUCUUUACAUCAUCCGUCUUUUUUCUUUCUCUCAAAAAUUUCGUUCACGCAAACGCAUACAAGCAUAUACACACUCUUUCUCCACUCUCUCAUCUCAUUCGUCACACUUACGAUACGAUUAGACGAAUCGUUCGACUCGUUUGUAAAUAGCGAAGCAAAAUCAAUUUAUCCUUCUGAAUAAUAAUACUCCCUUUAUUCACUUUACUCGCACGCUGAUUCCUCCGCGAGAACAAUGAAAUAAAAUUCCCCUCUCAUCUCUCUCUCUCUCUCUCUCUCUCUCUCGAUUUUCUUACAUCUCUUCCUUCGUUCGCUUGUCCACAAUCGAAAUCAAUCGCGCCAGGGAAUAAUAGACAAUAUACACAGGGAAAAACCUUUGAUCCAACGAACCAGCCGCAAAAGAAAAUAAAGUGACUGAGGGCGUGGGUGUGUUACGUUUCCCAUUUUUUCUUUUUCCUUUUUGGGGAUACGUGUACACGCCACGUGGGAUAGACACGCGUGAAAGCGUCGAAAUUGAACACGUUAGAAUUGAUGUACUUGCAGGACAAUCGUCGUCCUCGAUGUGACGCCGGUUGAUUCGAAUCGACGAUCGCAUUGCGUAUACGAGACAGCAUGAGAAAAAGUAGCUCUUCAAGUUGAUCAUAUCGACGUCAUUUCUUCAUUUUUAUUCAUCGAGUAUUAAUUGUAAAAAAAAAAAAUUAUAAAAAUAUUUAGCUGCGUUUCUUUUUUUUUUUCUUUUUCUUCUUUUUAACAAUGUUUUAUGCAAUUUCUAUUUCAAUCUCUAUAACAAGUCAUCAGCUAAUUCUAGAACGUUCUAAAAUGUGUGAUCGACGGUAAAUCAUCAAAUCUUUUACGUUUCUUUUCUUUUUUUACUAACCAUGUUUUUUGUUUUUUUUUUUCUAGGUUAUGUCUACUCGAAUAAAUCAAAUACGGAAAGCAGUAGCAGUAGCAGUAGCAACAGCAGCAGAAGAAGCCGAUAACUCGCGUCGAUUUUUUGCAUUCUCUUCGCGCGGAAACGUAUUUACGCGUUUAUCAGAUUAUAUGCAUAAUCGGAGACGAAAAUCACGAUUAUCGAGUCGAACCGACAAUGGCGUCCAUCGCGAUCCUUAACAUCCUUAACUUCUUCUCUCUUACUCCCUUCUCGUAUUUUCUCACUGUACACACGAGAUAUAUACUUUCGAAAUCACGCAACCAACAAUAUUUCAUUGCGAAAGCCUUAAGGCUCGUUUACAAGGACAGGCGUUUCGCGAUAUCUCUAAAAGCACAUCGAGGCACGGUCCGCAUUCACGAAAAGGAGGAUCUUUUAUUUAAAAAAAAUCUUUUUAAAAAAAAAGAAUAAAUUUUAAGAGGAAAGUAUAGAUCCUUCUUCGUUAAUGCUUCGCGGUUCUCGCGGUUUUUUAUUCUUCUAUUAUUUCUUCUUCUUCUUCUUCUUCGUCUUCUUCUUGGACCUUCCAACCAUUCGCAAUUGGGGGUUGCAUUCUUCGAGGAAGGCGUCGAUCGAUCGCACGAAAAUCGUUCGCCGCGACGCCGGCAAAAAGCAGCCUGAAUUUUUUAUUUUUUUUAUUUUUUUUAUUUUUUUUUUUCAACAACACGUUCACGUGCACACGGUGCAAGCCAACGCAACAACACACUUCUAAUUAAUUUUUAAAGAUCAAUUCGCGCCCUAUUUUUUUUUUUUUUUUCUCUUUAUACAUCGAACGAAUUGUACUUGCGCCCUUUCGACCCUCACUACCCUUGAAGAAAGGCUCGCCCUCGCUUCCAGUCUUCCCUUUCUCGUCUUUCCGUUUCUUCGUUAGACAGCUUAAACAUCGAUAAUUAAACACUCGUAAUAAUGUUCUCGUUGAGUUUUUCAAGAGAUAUAAUUCGAUUGUGUUCCCGAUUGGACUUUCAACGUUCCUGCGUGUCAUCGCGUAUUAUUCUCCAGUGAAUUUCCUUUUUUUUGUUUUUUCUUCUUUGCUUUACGAAUUUUUCUUUUUCUCGUCUAUUUUUUUUCUUUUUUUUUUUUUUUUUAAUACUUUUUCUUUUAAGUUUUCUUUUAAGGGAAGAUAUAUUUUUUUUUCCUUUUUUUCUCUUCAUCUCCUUGCUAGAACAGAAGUAGUGUCGAUUUUAUAUCGUAUCGAACGAGUUUCUCGCGUGCGAGGUUUUUCUUUCUUUCUUUCUUUCUUUCUUUUUUAAUCCUAAAUCGGAGAAACACUACAGAGACUUUUUUUUUUCAUUUUACGUAAAUCCGAAUUGCUGUCUGAUCGAAAGCUAUAAAGUUACGAUUCAUAUUAUAAUUUAUUUAUUUAAUUUCUUUUUUGCUCUCUCUCGUUUUGCCUCUUAAUUUAACGCGCUAAUGGACGUGUUGCAGAUACGCUAGUAUUCCAACGAUAUUAUCGAAAAGAAAGAUCGGACUGGAAGCCGCUAAUAUUCCUAAUUAAACCAAAAAAAAUCAUUACGAACCGACGGAUACUCGCGUCAGUAACUAUUAUAUAGGGGAUCGUUUCGUCGAAGAAAUAUCAAGGGUAUCUCGAUAAUCGUAUGAUUUUGUGGAUGUGGAUUGUUUAUGUGUAUAUAUAUAUAUAUGACUCGUGUAAGACGUCGUAUUUUCAGAUCUGCGUGACGUGGGUUUUUAAUAAUCCGUUUGCUUAUCGAGACUCUUAGAAAAUAUUAUAAAAAAUUUCCAUUUCGCUAUCAACUGGCGUCAACUGGACACCGUUACACAUCCUCUAUCGAUCGCUUUAAUUUACGUCGGAUGACGUCUAGAAAAAGUACAGUAUACAAUAGCUAUGAUUUAAAAAUCGGUUGGCCUAAGCGUCGCAACGCUAUUAGUAUUUAUAAUCGCAGGAACAGAUAAUUUUGUUAAAAUAAUCGAGCAGACGCGCGUUAAUAACAUGUUUUUGAUACGAACAGCAUCGGUUCGACACGAGGAAACAUAGUUCGAAAGAAACUCCAGCUACUAACCGGCAUUCGUUCGCAAAUCACUUUCGAACACAGUCUCGAGUAAACGAAAAUGCACGCGCUCGUUUUGUACUUCGAAUAUAGACUCUUUUAUGCCGAAGUAGAAGCACGAGUAUCCUCGAAAAUAGACAUCACCAGUGGUUUGCAAAUAUAUAUAUAUAUUUCAUCUAGUAUUUACAAACGCUGGCUACAAAAAACAUUUUACUAGUCAGCGAUUAAUAAAUUCGAGUAACCAAUAAUACUCGAAUAAAAUCGAGUUCCUCGCGAAACUCGAAAAUCGGAUCGUUCCAUUAUUCGAUAUCGAUUCUUCGGCUUCUCUUCUCGCUUUAUAAAGCAUCUUCGACAAGCAAAAUUAGACCAAGAACACCAAUUAUCUCAGCCAAUAAGAUAAAUUUCAAUUUCAACAACGUUAUCGAGCAAAGAAUAAGAAAUCGAAGCAAGAACGCAUUCUUAAAGUUAAACACAUUCGCGUGAAAUGUUAGUUUGAUCUCAUUUGAUGAUGCCGUUCAAAUUUAAUGAACAAUAUCGCCAAGAUAUCUCCGUGAUCUUCAACUAUCGAUACGAUCGUUCAGCGACGAACGAAGGAUAUGUUUGACAAGAAUUCGAAUUUACUUUUCGAUGAAACGACGCUAACGGAUGAAUGAAAGGAAGCGGAAGAUGUAAUGGAAUCGCGAUCCACGCUCGAGUUUCGAGGGAAUCUUUCGCUUAACGAACAUGUAAUUCGAAAAUUUCGUUACCGAUCGUUUUCUUCCCUCUUCUGAUUUUCUUCUCAAAGAAAAUAAAAAACGUAUCAGCGAUCGGUCGAGAUACGAGUGCGGAAACGAUCGUUGUGAUUAAAUUUGGCUAAAAUUUCACACAGCAAUGGUCACAUUUCGUGUCUUGAAAGUAUUCGAACGUAAUCGUUCCUAGGAAAGAAACGCUUCGUAUUCGCUAGUUCUAUAAUAAUAUAUAAGUUUGUAGCUAAAAUUUCCUAAAUUAUUUUUUUAGAAAAAUUCAUUACGUUACGUUUCGUGUUUUAUUUAUUUUUUUUUUAAUUUUUAUUUUUAUUUUUUUUGUCUUUUUUGUCUUUAAUUAUAUUGGCCGUGCGCAAGGUUAUUUUUGCAAAGAGAGCGGCGUGCUCGAGAACUCGUUCGUUCUACUUAAGAAACAACGUUGAUGCGUGCCUCUAAAAAAAAUUCAAUAUACACGAACGAUCGGAACACGAUCUGUGUUAUCGGUUGUCACGAUUGCACUCGAGUGAAAAUCGGGCCUUCUUGCGCGAUUAAAUAAUAAUAUUUAUCGGUGAGAAAUUUACAAAUUGAUCAGAGUUGUCGAAAUUAAUCGAGCUCUAAUUGAAUAGGAGGAAAUUUCAACGGGAAAAUUUUAUAAAUUUCAAGUCAUUCAACAUCGACGUAAAAUUAUAAAAUUUUUAAAAAUAUCUCAACCUAUAACUCGUAACUUGUCAGUUCACUAAUAUUAUCCUGCACGAGGGCGCUAGUGCAAUUUGAUUGUGUUUCUAUGUGUACACGCGUGUAUGAGUGAGUAUGUGUAUGAAGUAUGUGUGUGUGUAUAUAUGUAUGUAUGUAUACAUAUAUAUAUAUGCAUGUGUGUAUAUAUGUAUGUAUGUAUCGAAUCAAUUAUAUCAUAAAUAUUUUUCGUAUUUUUAGUUGCAGCAAGUUCGUAGUGCGUAGUCAAAAGUGUCCACGCUUGAUCACGAGGAGCGGAAGUGAAUCUUAGAUCCGUAAAAACAAUGACGAAAUCCGACAAAUAUUUUUCAACCAUCAGUUGACGACACUGUCACAUUCACGAAAAGAUCGGAAACGGAAAGGACUCAUCUUUUUAAAGGCUUCUUACAAUAUUUACACGAUAUCUAUUGAUUCUAUGGUAAUAUAGUAUCAUUUUUCUCGCUUCACUUUUUCAUCUCUUUCAUUCUAAUUUCUUUCAUUUUCUCUUUCACUCGUUCUUUUUUUCAUUCUUUCACUCGUUAAUCUCGAUCGGAAUUUUUUUGUCGAACGACAAAUGUGGAAGUGUUCAUACUGUGUACAUACGUAUACAAUAUAUAUAUAUAUAUAAUUUUUUUUUAUAUAUAUAUCAUUAUUUUUAUAUAUGUAUACUAUAUACACAAAAUGUGUUUCUCCGUGUAUGUUCUAUAUGUAUGUGUACGUCUGUAUGUGUAACAUGUGUAUACCUGUAUUCAUUUCACCAAAUAGACUCUAAUAAAACGUAUAAACACGUCAACCUAGCGCGGCGAUCAUCAACGCGCCAUCGAAAAUCGAAAACUUUCAAUCAUGUGUACGAUAAUUGAUUAUCUGAUUCCCAACCCAUCGCCACGCAUCUUUAUUCGAUUCGUUUCUAUUUUAUUUUCUUUUUCUUUUUUUUUUUUUUUUCUCUUUCUCUCAUCACGUGAAAUCGUGAAAUUUUUUUCGAAUCUCGCGACAAACGCGCCACGAAAUUUCUAUAUAAUAAAUCUCUAUAUAUAUAUAUAAUAAUAAGAAUUUAAUCAUGCGAUCGAUCCUAAUGUAAUCGGCUAGAGUGAUUCUCGAUCUUUAUAUUUUCUUUUAUCCUCUCUCACCAUUACUCCCUAAAUCGAAGCAACUAUCGCUUUGUUCCGUCGGCCGAAUCGAAAUAAUUCUACGCGAAAAAUUUCUUGUUUCUCUUUUCGAUUUUCUUCCCUCUUUCUUUUUUUCUCUUUUCCGAUCUCGUCAACCGUCCGAACGAUCGUCUAUUUAUCUAAUUUCGAGCGAAGAUCUCGUGGCGUUUUUCUUUUUUUUCUUAACAAAGACCCGAUGCCGAUUCACGAGCAUUUCUCCUAUAAAUCAUCGAUCUUAAAAAAUCUUAUGAUUCUCGUGGGGGUGGGUAUAGGGGCCCAGGAGGAGUCAGCGCAAAAAAUUAAGGCCCCAGGGCUCUUUUUUCCUCUCAUUCUUUUUUUUUUUUUCCCUCACACUCGCAUGUAAUAUAAUCUUAAUACCUCUCUUAUCACUCUCUGAUUCUGUAUAUAAUUUUCUUUGGUUUGUUCUCGUGUACAUACUCAUCUCGUUGAGCUGGCUCCGCGAAUGGGGGAUUUAUCCUGUGCGUACCUUCAUCGACAAGGACAUUCGAUUAUCAACCCGCCCAUCGUUUUACGGAAUUCCUGUUGGAAAAAAUUUUCUCGUGAAAGUUUUCGUUGGCGUCAUCCACCAUCAUCAUUCUCUCUCUCUCUCUCUCUCUCUCUCUCUCUCUCUCUCUCUCUCUCUCUUUCUUUCACGCAACAAUUCAACUCACAACUUUGCAUAAACUGAUCUAAAGAAAAUUCUGUAAAACGAGGGGGAACGGAAUAAAGCCAUUUUACUCGACAAUGAUCUCUUUCUAGAACAGGAUGUGUCUACGGUGUGUCUACGAGUAUAUAAUACAAUAUAGAAACGAUAUAAUUACGAAAUCAAUCAAGGCUUCUUUCUUUUUAAUCGAGAUACCAUUAAGAAAAUAGAAUCUACAUGUGUGUAUAUAUAUAUAUGUGUGUGUAUGUAUGUGUGUCUGCCACUAUAGACACUUUACUUUGUUACGAUUAUUACGCCAUGUAUCUUGCAUAUCGCUGGAACUAAAAAAAAAAAAAAAAAGGAAA